AUGGCUGGAGCUAAUUCCAAAGGAAAGAAAAACUUUAAGGUAAGGGAAAACCAAACUAAUUAUGAAAGGUCUGGUAAUUAUAUCUCAAAAGAUAACCGUAGAACAAAAGAUAAAAAAUUACGUGCGGGGUUGAAAAGAAUCGAUGAUCAAUACAAAGAAUCAGUCUCAUCGGCUGCCGCUACAGAAUAUUUAUUACCUGAAUCUUCUGGUUAUUUAGAGGCAGAAGAUGAAAUGGAAAAGACUUUUAAAGUCAACCAAUCUGAAAUUAAAUCAAGUGUCGACGUAACUACCGCUAACAAAGCUCUAGAUCUAUCGUUGAAAGAAUUCGGUCCUUAUUCCAUAGAUUACUCAAAAAAUGGUACACAUUUAUUAAUCUCUGGUCGUAAAGGUCAUAUCGCAUCAAUGGAUUGGAGAAAAGGUGAACUACGUGCUGAAUUAAAUUUAAAUGAAUCUUGUUAUGGUGCAACUUAUUUACAAAAUGAACAAUUCUUCGCUGUCGCCCAAAAGAAAUAUACUUUUAUCUACGAUCAUGAAGGUGUAGAAUUACACCGUUUGAAACAACACAUAGAAGCAAGACAUUUAGAAUAUUUGCCAUAUCAUUAUUUAUUGGCCACUGCUGGUGAAACUGGUUGGUUGAAAUACCAAGAUGUUUCUACUGGUCAGUUGGUUUCAGAAUUAAGAACUAAACUUGGACCAACUACCUCAAUGGCCCAGAAUCCAUGGAAUGCAGUAAUGCAUUUAGGUCAUAGCAAUGGUACCGUCACUUUAUGGUCUCCUUCAAUGCCACAACCUUUGGUUAAAUUACUGUCUGCAAGAGGUCCAAUCACAAGUAUAGCUAUCCACAGAGGUGGUAAUUAUAUGGUUACAACAAGUAGAGAUAAAUCAAUGAAAAUUUGGGAUAUAAGAAAUUUCAAAGAAUUACAUACAGUAGAAAAUUUGCCAACUCCAGCAAGUAAUGUCUCCAUUUCUGACACCGGUUUAAUUGCGGUAGCUCGUGGUCCUCAUGUCACUCUAUGGAAGGACGCUUUAAAGACAAGUAAAUAUGCAAAACCUUGUUUCGGUUCUAUGGGUGGUAAUCCACACAGAAACACUCCAUACAUGUCACACUUAUUUCCUGGUAACAAAGUUGAAAACCUGAAAUUUGUACCAUUCGAAGAUCUAUUAGGAGUUGGCCACCAAAGUGGGAUAACUAAUUUAAUUAUCCCAGGUUCUGGUGAAGCUAACUAUGAUGCAUUAGAAGCAAACCCAUACGAAACCAGCAAACAAAGACAAGAACAAGAAGUAAGAGGCUUGUUAACAAAAUUACCAGCAGACUCUAUCACUUUAGAUCCAAAUGUUAUUGGUACAGUGGACAAACGCUCAUCUUCUGUUAGAUUGAACUCCAAAGAUUUAGCAAUUUUAACAGAACAAGAAGCAAAUAAAUCAAAGACUAACUCAGAUAUACCUAAGGCAAAACCAGAUGUUAAAAGUAAGAACUCUGGCUUACGUGGUUUCUUGAGGAAGAAAACUGCAAAUAUUAUAGACGAUAGAAAAUUAAGAGUAGAGAAAUUAUUAGAGAAAGAAAAGAACUUACGUAAAAGAAGUACCCAAGUUAAGAAUGGUGAGAUAUCCGAGGAUCAUAAAGAUUUGGUGGAGCAAGCAUUAAAUAGAUUUAGUUAA